AUGUUCUUUUCAUAAUUAACACCACAUACAGUGGCAUCGUUAUAAGGCACAACAAUAUAGCAGCUUAAUCCGUCAAAAGACUCGAGUGGUUUAGCAAUAGCGAAUAUAUGUUUCAGCGAAGGCGUUCAUUAUUGGGAAAUCGUAUGCCCUUUUAAUACAGAUGGAGUGAAAGUAAGGCGUAGUCCUAAUUGCAGAUUGGCAUAUCCAAAUAGUCAUCUCCAAGUGAAAAUUUUGAGGGACACCUAUUCGAAUUUAAAACGACAACUUAGAGAGUGGUGGGUGUGCUUCUUAAUUUCAACGAGCAAUCAUUGUAAUUCUACUUGAAUGGAAAUCUGAGUACAAACAAAGGGUUACAAAAAGGAAGUCUAGUUUAAUGUGCAUGGUACCCUUGUGUUAGGUUAUCAUAAUAUGGAAAUUCUGUGUAUUUGACAAUGAAAUAUGAAGAUCGAAGUGUAGUAGAACAUUUAGAACAAGUAUACAUUUAGACUUAGGAAAUAUUACAUCGAAAUCCUUAAUUUUCGAUAAAUAAGUAUUCAUAAUAUGAUAUAGAUAGAAAUCAAAUUCAUUUAUAUGAAGAUCGAUUAGUGUCUGUACGAAAUUGUCCUUUGUUUGGAUAAUAAAUUCUUAAAGCAGAAUUAGAUAUUCUUAUAAAGAUGAAUUUAAUUAUUUGCAAUUAUCAUUAAGACAAUGAGAUAGUAUAUUUAAAAUUAGAUGAAUAAACAUCGAAGAAACUUAAAAGGGUAAGAUAGUAUUUAAAACAUUAUAUGAGAAAGUUAAGAGAUAAAUUUGAAAGUAAACCUAAAGAAUAGAAGAAGGAUUAAUUAUUAUAAGAAAUUACAUAGAUGUUACCUAAUAAUGAGGAUAUUAUUUAGGAAGAAAAAAAGGAUGAAUUUGAAUUUAAAUAUUCAAUAGAAUAAUGCAAGAUAGCUGAUAGAAUAAUUGUUUAAUUAAUUGAAUAAUUUGAAGAUAUUACAACUAUUGAUUCUGCAAAAACGAGAUUAUUAACAUUUGCUGAUCAUCCUGCAACAGAAAAUCCAUUUAAUGUUGUAGAAUAUGGAAAAUAUUUAUAACCAGGUUGUGGAGUAAAAUAUGCAUAUUGUGAUGAUGAAAUUAAUAAAAAUGGAGUUAGUCAUUCUAAAUUAAUAUUGCGAAGUGAAAUUACAGCAUAAGGUUAAAGAAUUCCAUGUAAAAGUGAUCGUUAUUUCUCUCUCAGAAAUAAUGAUUAGAUAACAAUAUAUAAUGGUGAAGCAGAACUAUUUAAAGUAAUUGAUGUAGAUUUAAGAUAAUUGGGACCAUAUUAAAAAAAUAAAAAGAAAAUUGAAGUUUAAUCUGAAGAAACACCAAGUCAUAUAUAUAAAAUAUUGGAAAGCUAUAUAACAGGAGAAACAGAAUAAUUACCAUUAUAUGAUUAAACAUUACUUGAAAAAUUAAUUGGAAUGGGUUUUGAUGAAUCUACUUGUAAAGAAGCACUUAUUUAAACUAAUAAUAAUUUUGAAAAUGCACUUGAUAUUGUUAGUAGUACUACUGGAGAAUGGUAAUGUACUAUAUGUACUUUAUUAAAUAAAGAAACUAAUCAAAAUUGUGAAGCAUGUGAAGCAUAAAAACCAGAAGAAUAACAAAUUGAACAAUUUAUUAUUAAAUAAUAAUUAUAAAUCUAAUAAGAUUAAGCAGAAGUAGAAGAAAAUGAAGAAAUUAAUUCAGAUAUAAAAGAUAAAAUUACUAAAGGUAGUAUUGAUCAUGUAACUAUUAUUCAUUGGAAUAGUAAUAAUACUAUGUUUCCUAUUCUAAUAGCUAGUAUACAUAAUAAAAAUAUACUCUCUAUUAAAUUUAUUUCAUAUUCUUCAAAUUACUUAGAUCAAUUUUUUAUCAAUGAUGAUGGAUAUUAUUGUGUUUUAACCAAUUGUUGGAGUAAAAAUAAAGAUUAUUCACUAUUAUUGUAAUCAGAAACCAGUAGAUAAAUUGUUGAAACUUUAGCGCCUCUAUAUAGCAAACAUUCUAAGAAAUUAGAAAUGAUAAAAGCUGAUCACAAAGCUAUAUAAGUAGAACAUGAUAUUUAAUCUAUUGAUACUGCUAUAUGGAAUAAUAGAUUGUAUAUAUUUUUGCUUUGUGAUCAAAUCUUUAGUAUUUAUGAAAUCUCAUAAAAUUAAAAAAUUGAAUUUAUUAAAUUGAUUUAAGUUGGAUUCAAUUAUAAAUUGCUCAUAUCAAAAACUAAAUGUCUUGUCAUUGGUUAAUCUAAGAAUUUUGUUAUAGAUGCUCAUUUAAAUGUUUCAGAAAUUUCAGAAACUAUUUCAAAUGCUUAUAUUAAAGAUAAUAUAAUCUAUUAUGAGAGCAAUAAUCAACUCAAAUAAAUUGAAGAUAAUGCUGAAAUUUUAGAGAAUAAUAUAAUUCAAAGUGAAGAAGUUUAAAUCUUUUAAACUGUUAUUGAUGAUAUUCAUACAUAGAAAUUUUAUAUUGAAGAUAAAUUCAUUCAUAUUCAUAUCAAAGCUAUUUUUGAAGGUCCAAUCGAAGAACCAAAAUAAAUUCUAUUAAUGAAUAGUCCUUUAACUGUUAGUGAUCCAUAAAAAUUGGCACUUACUGUACAUUCAUUCAAAGGAGCUGCCUUCAAUGAUUAAACAUUUGUUACUUAAAUGCUUUAUGAUAAUGUUAAACCAUUUUCUAGUAACUAUCCAAAAACAUAAUUUAUUUUUAGAAACCAAUUUGAUGAAGUUAUGCUUGUAGAUCAUGUUAUUAUCAAAAGUGAAACUACAAAUAUUCUAAGAGGAUUCCCUAUUGGAGCAGGACUAAUAUUCAUUUCAAAAGAAGAACAUGAAUUAAGCGAUACUUCAGAAUUUGAUAAUUUUGAUAAAUAACAAUAUGAAAAAUGGAAAUUAAAUCAUUAAUGUUUAUAUGCUAAUGAACCAGUUGGAUAUUUUGAAUUUGAAGCUGAUUCUAAAGAAGCUAUAUGUUAAUUAGAAGUUAUUAGACCUUGUAAAUAUAUUAUGCUUAAACCUACUAAUUUCAGAAAAACACCUCAUGAUCAUACAGCACAUUUCUAAACCAAUUCUAUUGAAAUAAAAGGUUUUACUGCUUAUGGUAAAGAAAUUCCUAAAACUUAAAGUGAAUAAUCUAAUAUUGGAGCUAUAUCAGAAUGCUAAUUAUUAAAUUAACUCAGAUAAAGAAUUGAAUUACCUGAUAAAUUAAUGGUUUAAUGCAAAUAUCAAGGUAUCAAUGGAUAUCCUAGUAAUGGUAUAAUUGAAUUUGAUACUGUGUUUUCAGGAGAUUUCAUUAUCAAACCUUAUAAUGAUUCAUAAUAUCAAUUAUUAAAAAUUAUUGUAACUGGUAAAAAAUACAAUAAUUUAUAAAUCAAUGAGUUAGAUAAUCUUAUUGAAUAAGUAUAUCAAAAAAAACCAGGUGCCUUGACUGUUCUUAAUUUGUUUAUGAAGAAAGAAUCUAAAAAAGUUUUAGAACUUAUGAAUUUAUAUAAAUUCAUCCUUGGAAAUGUUUUAUCUUAAGAUGUUAAUGAAUAAGUCACUGAAUUUUUCUGUUUACUCUAAUAACAUAAUGAAUUUCAUGAUAUCCUUAUUUAGGUGGCAUAAUAAAUAUUAAACAAGAUUGAAAAAAUAGUCUUAACAGAAAGUGGUUUAGAAUACUUUUUAGGAUUAAUCACCUAUACAGCAAAAUUUAAAACACAAGAAAUUACAGAUAUGGCAAUGAAAUCUUUAUUAUUUGCUUUACAAAAAUUAAAAACAUAACAACAUAAAGAUACAUUCUUGUUUUCUACUAAAUUUGGAGGACCUUAGGGGCAAGUUUAAAUCGAAGAAAUAGAUGAAACUUUAAUUUAAUAAAAUGGAAACUAAAAGUCUUUAAUAUGUCAAAAGGAUCCUCUAUCUUAGAUUUUAAUUAUGCAACUAUCAAAUAAAUAAUAAAUUAGAAGAUUUGAAGUCAAUCUCUUAGGAGAAUUUGAAAUUGAAAAGUUAUCCUUGAGAUUUCAAUAAACAUCAAAUUACGUUAAAUUUAGAGUUUAGGUUUGGGUAGAUAAUCUAGUAUUGGAUUAAGUAUUUGAUGAAUGGACUUUUGUUUAAUUUACUGAUUAUGUACAUAAAAGUGCCAAUUAUCAUAAUUAUAAUUGUUUACACAUUGCACUAAAUGGAGUGAGAGCACGUAAAUUAUUGGUUCAAUUAACUUUGGGAAGUGACAAUUAUUACUCAAAACAAGCAGCUCAAUUAUAAAUACCAUAAAAUUAUUUAACUGUUAUUCCAGAAUUUUAUGGAUCUCUAAUAAAUGCUGAAUUAAGUCCUUUAGAAAUCACUGAAGAUUUUAGAUAUAAGACUACUUUAUCCUUAGGAGAUACUCUAUACUAUGUUUAUUAAUCAGAUCAAUCAAUACUCAUGGAUUCAUAUAAUGUUUAUAAAAAAACUGAUUUGACUGAUCAUUACAUUGUAAUGUCAACAAAAUCAUUAAGGAGAAAUGCUGAUUACUUAGAAUAAGCUAUUUAUAAAUUACAAUCAGAAAUGUAAUUAAAAGAAAAAUGUAAAUUAUAAACUAGUCAUCUUUAGAGCCUUAUAGAAUAAACUCAAUUAGAAUUUUUGAAAGUUGCACCUCCAAGAAAUUAUGAAAAUAAUUCAAAUUUCUUGACCGUAUUUUCAUCCCUUCUAUUGAGAAUGCUUAUUGCUGUAUCUGGAAAAGUACCUGAUGCUAUAUAAUUUAUUCAACUUAUCAUAUCAUUAGGAGAUUUAAAAGGUGUUACUGAUUUAGCUUUAUAAUUCAUUCAAAAGAAAGUUAAGUAACAAAUUCCAGAUUAAGAAUGGAAUGAUUUGAUAUUAGAAUAAAUUACAAGUCAAAAUACUUUGAAGAAAAAAUUAUUACAUUAAUUACCAAUUCCACUAUUAGAAUCAUUAAAAUAAUUAAUUCUAUUAAAUGAUGACAUUUUAUAUGAAGCUUUAGUAAAUUAAUUAUAAAGAAUGCCUUAAUAAAUAUUGACAGAGGAUGGUAAUCCAGAGAAUGAAAAAAUAUUAGUAUUGGUCCUUGAAUAUCUUGUUAAUGAUAAAAAGUUUAGAUUAAAUUUAUUGUAGAGUGUUUUACCUAAAUGUACAGCCCUUCAAAUAAAGAAUUCCUUUAAUCAAAAAAUUUUUACUGAUUUAUUAACAAAAGGAUUGUUAUAACCUGAAAAAUUAAAAACUCUUUUAGACAUGCUAUUUUAACCAAAAUAAUUGGAAAGUAAAUAUACAGAUUGGGCAGCUACUCUUUAAUUAAGUGAUCAAAUUAAUAACAUUUUGCAAAUAGAAAAGGAAAGCUUGAUGUAUAUAUCAAAAUACAUCAUUUACUUUUGUUAAACUUAUAUAAAGGAUAAUGUUGAACAAUUAACAAUUGAUAAUUUACUUUUGUUAUUUGAUUUUCUAACAAGAAGCGUUAAAAAGGUAAAUAAAUUAAAAAUAAGAGGAAACAAUAAAUAAUUGACUGAUUUCGAGGAUUUCUUAUAAAGAUAACAUAUUUAAAUAUGCUAUCCUGAUACAAUAAAUAGAUUAAUAAUUUUAUUAGAGAAAUCAGAGAAUUAUCAAAUUUGGAAUAAAGUAUUAAAAGUGAUAUUGAUGAUAACUCCUCAACUUUAGAAUGAAUUAUAAAUAUAUGAUAGAGUUAUUCAGUCAUAUAUAGGAUGUAAAUAGAAAUUAUUGAUGAAUGAAUUAUUAUAAUUGACUUUAAAUUUAGCUUAAUAAUAAGUGCAAUAAAAUUAAACAUGUUCUCAAAUAAUUGAUGCUUUACUUCCACAUUUGGGAUUAACUGACAUUAACCAUAUAUUUAUAGUAUUCUCAUAAGAGGUUUAAAAUAUAUAUUUGAAUAAUGUGAACAAUUUGCUCAAAUAUAUAGGAAUGUAUCUACCAUAUAUAGGAGGAAGAGAUGGAAUAAUUAAUGCUGAUAGUCAAAUGAUUUAAUAACUAGAGCUCUGUUAAUCAAUGAUUUAUUUACUUGUGUAAAGUGAAUAAACACUAAUUCAACUAAAUGAAAAUCCAGAUUUGAAUCAUUUAAUUGAAUGGUACUGUUUGAAUUCAUAUAAUGCAAAUACAAUGCAUUCAUAUGCUAGUUAAUUACUAAAAUAGAUUAGUGAUUCAUUAGAUUAAUUAUUUGAACUAUUGCCUUGUAAAUAAUAUAUGUUAAAAUAAUUAUUCUAAUAAUAAUACAUCAUAGAUAAUGUGAUAGUGAAUUAAUAUGAAAAUAAUUAGAUAACUUCAUAUACUGCACAUACAUAUACAACACAGAUUUUAGAAGUUAUUCAAUAAUAAUUUGACAAAUAUUUAACAUCAGAUGAUGUUGCAUAACAAUUUUAAUCUGAUAUUUAUCAUUAUUUAAUAAAUAAAAUUAUCAAGGAGAAAUAGCCAACAUAGGUAUAAUUUUUAGAAGAAGAAUUCGGUAAUAAAAUGAAAGUAUUCAAUUUACCAGGCUAAAAUGUUUCUAAUUUAGAUUGGCCAUUGCAUAAAAAAGGAGCCAAGAGCAGAUUAGUUCUUAUUACUCUUCCUUAGGGAAUGAGAAGUGAAUAUUAAAUGGUAUUCUAAUUAGAUAAUGAAAUUGAAAUAAAAAAUAUCAAAUUAGGAAUUCAAACAUUUACUACUGACUUUGCUGAUAAAUAAUUAGGUACUCCAAGUAGCAUCUUACUUGAAGUAGGAAAAUCCUUAGAAGAACUAUAUCCAAUUGCUGAAAUGUAAUUAAUUAAUGAUGAACAUUAUUCACAAUUUUAAGUCAAAGUUUUUUGUUAUAAUUCAUAAGUUAUGGAUAAAUAACAACUACCUAUGGGAUAAUCUGUCAAAUUCAUAAGUUUUAGAAUGAGAUAAUAAUAUGUAGAAUAAUUGGAUAUGUCUAGAACUAUUAAAAAGUUGUGUUUAGGUAUAAGUUUUAUUUCAGUUCUUGGUUAUGCUGCAAAUAGAUAAAAAGUUGAUUUCAUAUAUAACUUAUAAGAAAAGGCAGCUAUUGAUAUUUUAUCUAAAUUUUGCAAACCAAACUAUUAGAAAACUUUAUAACAUUUAGCUAAUGAUUCAAUUGUAUUGGAGUAACUCUAAAGUAAUAUAAAUAAAUUUAUGAAUGCUCUAAAUUCUUACUCAUUUUAAUUAAGUCCUUUGAUUCUUGCAAUUGCUAAAUAUAAUCAUUAGGUAGGAGAUUGGUUGGUUGAAAAGUUGAUGGAAUAUCCUGAAUAAUCUCAUAGUAAAUUAUUAAGUUAAAUUAUUUUGGAAGGAGAGCACGUCCAUGAUAGAUUCUUAAAAUUACACCGUCAUCUUUUUGAAAAACUUAUGGCUCUACAAAUUAAUAAUCAUUAAUAAUAAGAUCUUUUAUGGUAUGAGAAAUUAGCUCAACAUUUUAUAGAAUCUUAUUGCAAUGUUCUUUUAUUAUAAAAUAGUAAGUUAAAAUAAAGAGAAUUAAGUUUAAAUAUUAACAAAAAUGAUAUCAUUCAUCUAAUUGAAUUAUUUUAAUUAUUGCAUAAUAAACAUGCAAGACAUUUACUUAUUAAAUUAAUUGUUACAAUUACUUACCUCCCACAUCCUUAUUAAUAAAUUGAAGAAAUUGAAUAGAUAUUGUAGUUUACUUUGGAUAAGAGUAGAACUUAACCAUAUUUCUUUGAAGUUCUUGGACCAUUGGCACUAGGAAAUAGAGUUAGUAUCGAUUGGAUUAUAAAUCAAUUGGACUCUAUAUUUGGUAAAUUUGAACUAAAUUAUGUUAUCUAAUUCUUUUAUACUCUAUCAACAAAUAAAUAGAUUGCUGAUCAUCUUCUGAAAUAUCUUUUACCUCUUUACAAUCAAUUGAUAGAGGAACCUACUAGUAAAACAAUUUUAAAAUAAAUGGAUGAUAAAACAGUUGAAUUAGUAGCAAAAUUCAUCAGUUACAUGGUAUAAAAAUAUCAUGCAAAAUUCAUAAUUGAAGCAUUAAUUAGAGAUAUUGGUAGAUUGGAAGGGAAUAAAGAUAUGAAGUUUGUUCGAUCUUUAUUAGUUCCUAUUCUUAACAGUGAAGAUUAUGUAUUUUUGAAAAUUCAAUUUGAAGAUCAAGGUAAAUAUAUUUUAGAUCCAAAAUUAAUAGUAACAAAAUAGAUUGAUAAUAAUCAAUGCUAAGAUGAAUUAGUAUUUGAUUCAUAAUUACUUACAAUAAAAUAAAGGGAUCAAUUAUUUGGAUAUGUGAGAGAAACUUAUUGGAGUAAGGUAGCUUAUCAAAAAAAUGAUGGAGAUUCAGAUAUGCUCCCACAUUUGGAAGAUAAAUUCUUCAAUUCAACACCUUAAAUGAUGAUUAUUAAUUAUAGAAUUAAUAAUGUAGACAAAACUAUUAUUUUAUAUCAUAAUGUAAAAUGCACAAAAACAGAUAAAUUAGAUUUAACAUAUAGUUGGAAUUAGGGUAAAAUGAAAGUUUUUUAUUUCAAUGAAAAUAACUUAAUUGUAAAUCAAGAUAUUGACAUAAAUGCUUAAAUUGAAAUAUAUGAUGAGUAAGGCACCUUAACAUUCCAAAAUAAGGAUUAAGUAUUUUUGGAAAUUGAAUAUGUAACAGGAGAGCCCUCAAGAAUUAAUUUAACAUCUUUAAAUUUAAAGGAUCAAGGAACCUUAGAUAAUUUAAAGAUUGAAUAUUAUAUCUCUGGAAUUAGACCUUAAAAAUAGAAGAAAAUGUUACCAUAAAUUAACAUACCAUAAGAUACUACUAGUUUACUUUUCUCUAAUUAUGAAACCAAUCAAUCUUUGUAAUAUUACAGUGUUGUUCCUGUCUAUUAAUUACCAAGCUCUUUAAAAUUGUGUGAAUUAAAAUAAUUGGUUUCUUUUAACAAAUAUAGUUUAAAAUAAGAAUGUAAUUUAUUUGAUAAACAGACUAAAUUAAGUGAAUUGCCUACAAAUCAAUAAAAUAUUAUUGAAUUGGUGAUCAAUGCAAGGGAAUUUAUCGACAAUAUUCAACCAAAAACUUCAACCUUCACAUAUCCAUAAUAAUUAACAAUAUUUCCAAUGUUUGAAGAACUUAAUGGAGUAAAUGCUAUGUUAUCAGUUAUUAGAGAAGGUAUUGGAUAAUGGAAAAACUAAUAGAGAGCCAAUGCUUGGCUUUAAUUUUUGAAUGAAUUAUAAUCAUUUUGCUAAUUACCUAACUUUUUCAAUUUGUUUAUGAAGAAUUAGCAAUGUGUAAAUUUAUUAUUUGAUUUAAUUGCUGGGCCUCCAGAUUCAAACAAUAAUAAGAAAUUAGAAGAGGAAGAAUAAAAUGCUGUCAAAUUCAUUUAUACUACUUUAGUUAAUGUAUUUAGUGCUAGUAGUGGACCUGAAGUAAGAAUAAAGGCUUUGGAACAAAAUUUAAUUAAAUAAAUUUUAGACAGAAUAGCUUUGGUUAGUAGGGAGACUAAGAGGGUAUUUAGAAAUGUAGUUGAAGAAUAAGUAGUUUAGGAAUCACCUUAAAAAAAUAACUCUUUAUAAAAAUCUACAAAAUAAAAAAGAGGAGUAGGAUAUGCAAGUGAUAAUACAGGAUAAAAUUAAAAAUGGAAUACCAUAGAAUAUGUGGAGAAAAAAACACAAAAAUCCUUAUAAUUGAUAGGGUUACUAGGUAUAGUUGAAUCAUUUUUUGAUUUUUAACAUUGGCAUCCAAGCGAAGAAUUAUUACAUAAAUUAAAAAAUACAUUAUUUGAAAGUGCACUACUUCCUUUAUUAGAAAGUGCCUUUAGAAGUGGUUCACUUUUAGAAAUAUCAAAAGAAUUUGACUUAUAUUGUAAGUAUUUAAAGAUAGUUUAAUCAAUGUCUCAUCAUAAAGUAUUGGCUAGUGUUUUCUUAAAGAUACCAGAAUAAUAUUAUCCCCCUUAAACAUAAUCAUUAUUUGAAUUAUUAACUUCGUUGGCAGAUACUUCAAGAAUCUUUUUAGAUUGUUUUUCAAAUAAUCGAAAGAAGAAUGAAGAUGAAGAACAUUCUUUUGAGAUUGCAAAAAUGAUAAUAGAUACUCAUAAACGUAUGGAGAAUUGUAUAAAUAAAAUGAAUGAUAGUGGUAGCAGUAGCAAUGAAGAAGAUGAAACAGAGCAACUAAGAAAAUAGAAAGAGUUAGCAAAUGAAUUAAUAACAUAAAUUCUAUCAAAAUAAUUAGCAGAAGCAUACAGAACAUUGUUGUCUGAUUUAAGAUUCAGUUAUAUAGAUAUGAAAGUAAGUGGUAGAUAUAAACAUCAUUAUUCUGGAAAUAUUUCAACUCAAAUAAAUCAAGAUAAAAUAGUAAGAUUGGCUUAAGAAUUUGCUGAUAUGUCAACAUCAUUACCAAUAGAACAUACAAAUGCAAUAUUUGUAAGAGCUGACAAAGAACGUGUAGAUGUGAUGAAGGCUCUUGUUAUGGGUGCAAAAGGAACUCCAUAUGCACAUGGUGCUUUUCUUUUUGAUAUAUAUGCAGAUGACUCAUAUCCAAAUGCUCCUCCUAAAAUGAAUUUAUCAACAACUGGAAAUGGAAAAGUGAGAUUUAAUCCAAAUUUAUAUAGUUGUGGAAAAGUAUGUCUAUCUCUUUUGGGUACUUGGAGAGGAAAUGCGUCAGAAAAUUGGGAUCCAAAAAUCUCUACUUUACUUUAAGUAUUGGUAUCUACUUAAGCUAUUAUAAUGAGUGAAGAAGUAUAUUUCAAUGAACCAGGAUUUGAAUAGGAGGCAAAUACAGAAGAAGGAGAAAAGAAAAAUGAGGGAUAUUCAAAUAUUGUGAGAUAUUGCAAUAUAAAAUAUGCUAUGAUAGAUUAAAUUAGAGAUCCUCCUAAAGGUUUUGAAACCAUUAUUAGGAGACAUUUCUAUUUAAAGAAAUAAGAAAUCUUAGAGGAAUGUAAUAAAUGGAUUGAACUUGCAGAUACAAAGGAAGCUGUAUAUAUAGGAUUAUUGAACGAUCAUAAUUCUAGUUGGUGUAGUGAAUUUAAAAAGAAUAAGAAAGCAUAUCAUAAGAAAUUGUGUGAAGCUGUAAAAGAAUUAGAAGAAGAAUUAAAUAAAAUAUAACCACCUUCUGCUAUUGAUUUAGAAGGUUCUAGAGUUUUAAAGACUCAUAUUAAAAAGUAACCAAAAGUGAAAAAUGUAAAAGACGGAAUGGCUAAUUUAGAUGAAGUAGAUGUUACAUAUACAAAGAUAUAAUAGAAGGAAUUUGAAGCUAAUGAUGAAAAUGUUUUAGAUAGAUGGAGUAGAUACAUAGGAGCAAUGGGAAUGGAUGCAGUUAAAAAACAAGCAAAUAGCUGUGUAUUAAUAUCAGGGAUUGGUGCUUUAGGUAUUGAAGUAGCAAAAAAUAUUGUUUUAUCUGGAGUUAAAAUGUUAACUAUUCAUGAUGAAUCAAAAUGUUCUAUUUAUGAUCUUAAUGGAUAGUUUUUUAUUGAAGAAAAAGAUAUUGGUAAAAAUAGAGCUGAAGUAAGUUGGGAAAAAUUACAACAGCUCAAUUCAUAUGUUAGAGUAAAUUAUGAAACAGGAGAAUUACUUAAUAUUGAUCUCACAAAAUAUAAUAUUAUUGUUGUUUGUGCUUCAUAUCCAAAUGAUAUAUUAUUCAAAUUAUCAUUUUUAUGUCGUUAACACAAGGUUAAAUUAAUUAUUAGUUCUGUUGAUGGAGUUUUUGGAAGAGUUUUUAAUGAUUUUGGUUAAUCAUUCAUUGUUGAAGAUAAAAAUGGUGAACAAACAGUUGAUUAUAUCAUAAAAUCAGUUAUUGAUAAAGGAGAUAAUAAAAUGCAUUUUGAAAUUACUGGAAAACAUGAGUUUUAAGAUAAUGAUGUAGUUAUGAUUGAUAACAUAGAAGGAAUGAUUGAUUCAAAUGGAAAUUCUAUUAAUAAAACCUUAUAGAAAGUUUAAGUUAUCAAUAAAUCAGUAUUAGAAAUACAAUUAAAUGGAUACUCCAAAUAUAUUCGUAAUGGAACUAUUAAAUUAGUUAAAGUACCUAUAGAAUUAUCUUUCAUGCCUUAUAAUCAAGAAUUUAUUGAUAAACCAAUUUAUGAUCCCAAUAUGUCAGAAUAUGAUUUCAUUAAAUUACAAAAUACUGAAUAAUUACAUAAUCUUUAUAAUAAUAAAGAAAUCAAAGAUUAGAAUUUUGAAUCCUUAUUCAAACAUUAUUCAACUUUGGGAGAAUUUUCUCCUUUGUCUGCUUAUUUAGGAGGAUUUGUUUCUUAAGAAGCUAUAAAGGGAAUAACAAACAAAUUUACUCCAGUUUAGUAACUCUUUUAUGUUGAUUGCACUGAAGUAUUAUAAAAAGAGAUACCUAAAGAUGUUAAAACAAAUGAAAGAUCAUUAAGUAGAUUCUUAGGAAUUGAGAUUUCUGAAAAAUUAGAGAAAUCUAAAGUAUUUAUGGUUGGAUGUGGUGCAAUAGGUUGUGAAUUACUUAAAAAUUUUGCUAUGCUUAAUUUAGGAGUAAAAGGUUGUCUUACAAUUACAGAUCCUGAUCAUAUUGAAGUGAGCAACUUAAAUAGAUAAUUCUUAUUCAGAGAAAAACAUCUUAGAAAACCAAAAUCUUAGACAGCUGCUGCUGCUGUAAUUUAAAUGAAUCCAUUUUUAAGAGAUCACAUAAUAGCAAGACUUGAUAAAGUUCAUGAUUCAACUGAACACAUAUACACAGAUCAAUUCUUUGAGGAUUAAGAUAUAAUUGCUAAUGCACUUGAUAAUGUUGCUGCUAGAAGAUAUGUUGAUAAAAGAUGUGUAAAUGCUAGAAAACCUCUUUUAGAAUCUGGUACUCUUGGACCAAAAGGUCAUGUAUAAUGUAUCAUUCCAUUUUAAACUGAAUCUUAUGGUAGUUCUAAUGAUCCUGUAGAAGAGGGAGAAAUUCCAUAUUGUACAUUAAAAAUGUUCCCAGAAGAAACUUUUCAUUGUGUAGAAUUUGCAAGAGAUAAAUUUGGUAAACAUUUUUCAGCAAGGCCCAAACAAAUAAUAAAAAUGAUGGCUGAUGAUUACAUUCCUAGCUUAGAAGAUAAUAAACCUUUAAGAGAAAGUAUUAAAUUAUUCAAAAAUAAACCAAUUUCCUUUUAAGAUUGCAUAAAAUGGGCAAGAGGUAAAUUCUAGAAAUAUUUUGUCAAUGAUAUCAAAUAACUUAUGUAUACUUAUCCAGAAGAUGCUAAAACUAAAGAUGGUAAUCUAUUUUGGACUAUGCCUAAACGUCCUCCUAAACCUAUUUAAUUUGAUCCUGACAAUGAAAUUCAUCAAUAAUUUGUAUCCACCUUUGCUUUUCUCAGAGCCAAAAUGUUUGGUCUUUAAACUGACAAAGAUUGGAGAACUAAAACUUUUAGAUAAUAAGUAGCAUAAUAAGCUAAUCUAAUCAAUUUCCUUGAAUGGUAACCGAGUGAAGAAAAAAAGAAGGUACUUAUAUUUUAUUUAUUUAUAUUUUUAGUCUAUCUCUGAUAAAGUUAAAGAGCAAGGGUAAAAAGAAGAAACAGAAGAAAAUGAAUCUAAUCAAAACUAAAGUACUUAAGAAGAAACCCAACUAUUAUUUAAAUAAUUUAGAUAAUUAUUGCCAAUUACUUUACUAUCAGAUGAAUUCGAAAAAGAUAAUGAUCAAAAUGGACAUAUAGAUUUCAUUCAUUCUUUUGGCAAUUUAAGAGCAGCAAAUUAUAAAUUAGAAUCAAUGGAUUGGUUAACAGUAAAAAUAAAAGCUGGACGUAUUGUACCUGCAUUAGCUACUACAACUGCUGUUGUUGCAGGUUUAUAAACAAUAGAAUUAAUAAAGACUCUUAAAAAUGUUUAAAUUUCUAAUAUGAAAAAUGCAUUUGUAAAUCUUGCCAUUCCAUUUGUGAAACUUACUGAACCAGGGUUGGUACCAAAGAAGAAAAUCAAUGAAAAAGUGACUGUAACGUUAUGGGAUAUAUGGACUCAUGAAAUUUCAAAAUAGACUACUUUUGGAUAGUUGUUUGAAAUUUUGAAUUAAUAAUAUGAUCUUCAUCCUAGAGAUGUUUUUUUGAAGGCUUAACCAGUAUACAUGGAUAUCAUGUAUGCAAAAAAGCCAGAAGAAAAGAAACACUUUUUGGAUUAGCCAAUAAUAAAACUAUUAGAAAUAUAAGUAUGAAUAUUAUUAAUAAUUAGAAAUAUGUUGAUUUGACUAUCAAUUUUACAUUAAACAUAUAGAGUUAAGAAAUUAUAAAGGGAAUACCUUAAGUCAGAUUGGUUUUAAAAUGAUACAGAUAUUUUAAC